GGACAAGGUUCAUAUUAUGAGCCUCAGCUCAGUAAUUUCUGGGAGAAACGGAAAAAUGCAGUCAGUCUACACGAGCUUACUGAGCUGACUGGAAAUACCUGCAAAUAUUGGUGCGGAGACAACUUUUGAGCUAAAGAAACCCUCACGAUGUUCCAGUUGCAAGGUGCCCAGAUGCUACAGACUCUGCAGAAAUCCUUGAGGAAGAGCCUUCCUGAAUCUAUAAAGGUUUAUGGAACCGUCUUCCACAUGAUCCAGGGAAAUCCAUUCAACCUAAAGGCCCUGGUGGACACAUGGCCUGAUUUUAAGACAGUGGUUAUCCGCCCUCAGGAGCAGGAAAUGACCGAUGACCUUGAUCACUACACCAAUACCUAUCAAAUAUUCUCCAAGGACCUCAAGAAUUGCCAGGAAGUCCUUGGUUCGCCAGAAGUCAUCAAUUGGAAACAAUAUUUGCAGAUCCAAAGUGCACAGUCCACUCUGAAUGAGAUGAUACAAAACCUUGCAGCUGCCAAGUCCUUCAAGGCCAAACACACACAGAAUCUUCUCUUUAUGCAUGCAGAUACAAUAAGGGAACUGGUUCCUUCCUUGCUGGAUGUCAAGAAAUUAUCCCCUGGUGAUGGCAAACCCAAUCCCAUUAAGGAAGAGAAAUUCAAACUCUCAUCCCUGGAUGUUACCCACGCUGCCUUGGUGAAUAAAUUCUGGCUUUUCGGUGGCAAUGAAAGGAGUUUGAGGUUCAUCGAGCGCUGUAUCCAAAACUUCCCUACGUUCUGUCUUCUGGGACCCGAGGGAACCCCUGUGUCCUGGGACUUGAUGGACCAAACAGGCGAGAUUCGAAUGGCAGGCACUUUGCCUGAAUACCGGUCUCUGGGUCUGGUGUCAUAUGUCAUCUAUCACCAAGUCCAGGCUCUGCACAAACUCGGUUUCCCUGUCUAUUCUCACACAGUUAAGAGCAACCAAUACAUGCAGAAAAUGUCUUAUAAACUGCAUCAUCUCGUAAUGCCCUGCAGCUGGAACCAGUGGCACUGUGUGCCUCUGUGAAGCAGUACUGAAUAGCUGCCACUAUUUUAGUUGAAUAAUGCUGGGUCUGUGAAUGGAAGAGUAAAUGGGUGGAUGAAGAAAAAGAAUAAAUUUUAGUCAUCAGCCAAGGAGUUGGUGCUAUCUGACUCUGGGGAAGAAGUAUGAAUGGUGAGCACACCCACUGGGUCCCUCUAUUCAUAUUGUUGUUGACCUCUCAGAAACAUUUUAACAAGAAGAAGCUUCAUUCAUCAGUAGCCUGAUAUAAUUUAUCUCCCCACACUUCCAGAAUCUCUGAGAUACUCUUCACCAGCAACCUGUUGCCCCAAGAGUCUUUAGAAAACCCAUAGUACAGCGGUCAGGGGAGCCUUGCCAAACUUUCCAGAGAGGGAAAUAUUUACUGGCACAGUGACUUAUCCCUCUCUUUGUCUAUCAACUUUUUCAUAGUUAUAAGCAAUAGGGCUUUCGAUUGAUUGACAGAGAUGAUCUUUCUCCCUGAUAGCUGCCUAAUACAGCACAUAAUGACUCACAAAUAAAUGUGAGUUAAGUAUAAUAUAUGUGAUAUAGCGAGGAGAGUGUUAAAGAAAGACUAUCUCAUGUCAGUCGGUCAUCUCAUUCCCAUACUAGAGAAAAUCAUUCAGUAUUUAUGUAUUUUAAUCGACUGAAAUCUCUCAAACAAGGAAGAGAUUUUGUUUCUGAUUGUACAUGUUGAAGCUAAGUUCUCUGUGAGUCAGAGGACUUGGACUUAGUUUCAUGCAGAAGAAAGUAGAUCCAGAAAAACAAGUAUGAAUGGAGAGAGUGUCAAGUUGAAUGGGAAUGCAAUACGCUCUUAGUCUCAUUGGCCCAUCCAACUUUGACAAAUUCCUUCAGGAGUCCUAACUCUAUGGAGUUCAAAUAAUCAUCUCAUUGGAGAGUUUGAUUGUUGCUAUUUAGGAAUACUCUUGCUGAUGGGGAGGGACCAACAGGGAAAAUUCCCUGUUCCAAAAGAGCCAGCAUUAAACAAAAGGAUUAAGUGGCAGUGAAGGAGACCAUUGGCAUAAAGGUAGAUUAAGACUCUGUUCCUUUCCUUCUUAUUCAUCAAGUCUAGAAUUAGGCAUUGGAAUAAUGUGCCUCUCUUUCACACAUGUAUCCAUAAAUGACCAACAUUUAGCUCUUGGGCAGUCAAUAGAGUGGAACAAUUCAACAUGUUUAAUAAGUCAGGUCUUUGUUAGAGAACUAUUUCAUGUCUUAGAAUGUUUAGCCAGAUCCUGACCUUUACCAUUGUAUGUAAAUAGUAUCCUAUGUCCUUCUUAUGACAACUAAAAAUGUCUCCUGGUAUUGAUAAAUUUCCAGCAGAGGCAAAAACUUUAGCAUGCAAUCGAAUCACUUAGCAAAUUUGUUUAAAAUUAGGAUUGAAAAAAAACAAGUAAAUAAAUAUUGUACUGAGAGAUAUCACAACGGACUUGCAAGCAUACUUUGCAUGCUGAAGGCCCGGAUUCAAUCCCUAGCAACACUUGUUCCCUUUAUACCACUUGGAUCCAUCCCUGAGCCUCACUAGUGAGGAUUCACCAGUGGUUUGGACCACUAAUGAGGAUCAAAAACUAGAAAAUAAUUUUGAUUUCAGGGCCUCAAUCUUAGAUUUUCUGAUUCAGUAGACCUGGAGAAAAACCUCAGAACACACAUUUUCUUUUCUUUUUGAUGAGAAACAAUUGAUUUAAGUCAAAUUCCCUUAUAAUAUUUUUGUACAGUGUUCUUGUAUUAUGGUGAUUUUUCAUGAUUUUAAAUUAA